AUGUCAACCGCCACUAACCCGCCAAUCCCAACCAUCCUCUCCUCGGCUGCCCCACCCAGUAUUGAGCCUCAGUUUUCCCAGGGCACAUGCGACGACCCAGCCGAGCUACGCGCGGCGCUGGCGCCGCUGCUGGUUGAGAAUGGUGGGCGCUGGACGCUGAUGGCAAAUGGAGAGGGGUUGGAGAGGGAGUUUCGGUUCAAGACUUUUGCUAGGACUUGGCCUCAGCCCCAAAUGCCCUUGAACAACAACCUAACCCUCAGCGGCCAGGUCUACAAUACAACCUUCAUCCGCUGGACAACCCACCACCCGAAAGGCCUCUCCGCGAAGGACAUCGAGAUGGCCGCCCUCUGCGACAAACUCGCCCAAGAAUUUGGCGAGAUUCUCCCUGCCGACAGCACAACCUCCUCAACCGCUAAGACUACCACGACGGAGUCAAAACCACCAUCGGCAGCAUCGGCCUCAACAGCUGGGGCUGAUAUCCCUUCGUGCGCUUUGUCUGGCUUAGCCAAUCGUGCUGCGGGGUCGGCAGGAGAGUGCUGCGUGCCAAAGCACCUGCAAAAGUGA